AUGCCGAAAGUUUUCCUCACUGGGGCGAAUGGCUUCCUAGCCACACAUAUCUUGAGCCAACUCGUCGAAAAUGGCUAUGAAGUCACCGGAACCGUUCGCACUCAGUCCAAAGCGGAGGAUGUUUUCGUAGCCCAUCCCAGUUUCAAAUCCAAAGUCAAGCUUGUCGUUGUGCCAGAUCUUUCAGCUGCCGGCGCAUACGACCAGAUCCUCAAGGAAACACGUUUUGAUUACAUUAUUCAUACUGCAUCCCCUGUACCGGAUGGAAGUGGCAAGGAUUUCGACGAGGACUUCUUGCGGCCUGCGGUCCAGGGGAACCUGGAGCUUCUCAAUGCCGCUCUCACCUAUUCCAAGGCACUCACACAUUUUUGCUUCACUGGCAGUGUUGUGUCGGUCACCGAUGUCACAAAGCCGUUUUCUGGUAAAGCCUUGACCGCCAACGAUUGGAAUGAGGUCGAUCCCGACGUAGCUCGCAAGGCACAGCACGGGGGCGUGAGUUAUAUGUACGCGAAAACAUUGGCUGAGAAGGCUUUGUGGAAGUUUGUGGAGGAUAAGACACCUGACUUUACCGUCUCUGUCAUUUUAUCCCCCUUUAUCAUAGGCCCACCCUUACAGCGACUUGAUGAGAAGGCAUUCGGGAAGGGCAGAACAAACUUGAGCUCGGAUGUAUUUUACGACAACUUCUUGAGGCCCGGCACCGAUGGUAAGCCUCUGUUCAGUGCCUACAUCGACGUCCGAGAUCUCGCGAUACUGCAUGUCCGAGCCUUGACUGAGGCGAGUGACAAGAAUCGCAGGAUAUUGUUGGCCAAUCCGGAGCCAUUGUUUGCAGGAACGGUGUUGGAGAUACUGAGAGAGGAAUAUCCGCAACUCAGAGAGCGUCUAUCCUCAGUCCCCGGUGCGGCGAUGGUGGCCAGCAAGGAGGAAGAUACGGAACACCCAUACCGAAUCGACGAUUCGGACACUAGGAGCGUAUUCGGGGACAAGAUUUAUCGAUCACUGAGGGAGACGGUGAUCGAUACUGCUAACAGACUUCUCGAGAUUGAAUGA